UUCUUCUGUACACUGAUAGACGUCGUGUGUAUACGUUAUGUAUGUAUAAUAGGUGCAGAUACGCACAAAAUUGGUCUAUAUAUGUAUAAGGUACAUUUAUAUAAAACGCGUGUGGCACUCGGUUUUGGUGCACGAGGACUGGGCGGCGACGGCGGUGGAUAAGUGUUGGUGGUUUCGUAAGAGAGCAGUGUAGGGAAAGAAAGGGGAUUGUUGUACGUACGAAAGGGACAUGAAUGAUUAUGAUGAUGAUGAUGACGAUCAUUAUGACUGGAGCUUACCCCUGAGAAACGCUCUUGUUUCACGCAACACAAAAGGCGCCAUCAUCAAACGCAAUAACAUAAAUCGACCAUUUGACCUUUUUACGAAAACGCCCCGGACACGUCUGAUGCGAUUGAAAUAAAAGUUAUGAACCGAAGAUCGUAUGCAAACCACAAUGCAAGUACGAAGAUUUAUAUUCCUAUGCGGUUUUCUGUGCAUGAUCAAUUAUGGUUUUGGCUGUCAGUUGUCUGAGUUUAUGUGCGAUACGGGCUAUUGUGUUGCUUUGGACAAAUUUUGUAACGGCAACGAUGACUGUGGUGACAAAUCAGAUGAACCGCCAUAUUGUUCACCUUGUAACCGGACAUAUCACGGCGAAGUCGGCAGAACGUACGACCUGGAAGUCAGAAGACCCAGAGAAGAUAGAUUGCCAUUCUUGUGCUACUUGAACUUUACCGCAGCCGGUGGAAAGUACGGCGAUAUAAUACAGUUGACAUUUGAUACGUUCACCGUGGGGAGAUUUGUUUCCUACACUCUAGACGGAUGUCCUGACGGAUACAUGUCUAUCAGAGAAUCUCAAUUGCCAGACACCGGUGGUCAGUGGUGCGGUAGUGCAUGGGGCUUUACCGUUUACUACAGCGAAACCCGGUCGAUAAAUCUGACUCUCACAUUAUCCAAACUCUCCGAACAGGGUAUUGGUUACAAUUUUGAUUUCAAAUUGUCGUACAAAUAUUUGAAAAAGAGCGAUGCACACCUUCGGUACGGAAAUAGCACUUUCCAGACUUGGCGAGGUCAGAUGAUUACAGGAAGUUACUGCGACAGGAUACUCGAUCAGUGCGACCGUAAACUUUGCAGAGUCCAGUCGCCCAAUUUCCCGGGAGCUUAUCCAAGAAACGUCACUUGCUACUACAGGAUAGAGCAGAGAACGGCACCGAAAAAUAAACGCGCACUGAUCGUGGUCAGACAGCCGAAUGCCCACAAAAUUCAUAUUAAAGACCGAGUUAUAAAUUAUGAUCGAAGCCAACGUACACUCAGGGUUUGGGAUCAGUGCAAUGUGAUUCAAGACUAUUUGACGGUGUACGAUGGGUCAUUGGCCACGGAUCCCGUUCUGGUGAGGCUGUGCGGUGGUGACGCAGUACCGGAUAUCGUCAGUUCCGGGCCAAAUAUGCUCUUGGAAUUCCACACUUCCGCGUUCGACAACCCGUUCCAUCCGGUGCCGCUAAGCUACUUACCAGGAUUUGAAUUGGACGUUGAGGUACUUUUCGUCGACAACAAAUCCCCCAGCUACGCCAAAAACACCAGUCAGUGCGAGUUCUUUAUCAAACCGUUCAAUAACACUAACUGGGGCCUUUUAGACAGUCCCAGGCACUCAUUACCCCCAAACACGUCGUGCAAAUACCACUUUCAGGGUUCCAGUCACCAAACGGUCUGGUUGUCUUUCAUCAAAUACCAUGCAGCCAGCAUCGAUCCAAACGCCUAUCACUUGACCAACGAAUGCAACGCCAGACUCCGGAUUUGGGACAAAGUCGUAUCGAUGAAAACCAAAAAGUCGGACGCGAUACUCCUGGGUGAAUUCUGCAAGGAACAAGACCUGCCGAGACUGUGCGACCACGCGCUACUAGGCAACGACACCAGACACGUGCCCUGCGCGGCCAAAGAGUCGUACACGUCGUCGGCCAACGAGCUGACGGUGGAGAUCUACCUGAAACAGGGUUCCGUGCUGUUCCCGCUACAGUUGUUGCGAUACGAGUUCGUCGAGCAGUCGGCGGAACGGCGGCAGGGACCGGAGGACGCGGGACCGGCGGCGUGCAGCCGGACGUUCGUCUCCGGUUCCGGGUACUUCGGGUCGCCGAAGAACGUGUUCUUCUACGGCCGGGGCGGCCGCCGGAACCUGACGUGCGUGUUCCGGUUCGUGCCCGGAUCGCCGGAAGAACGCGUCCGGGUGACCGUGUCCCGGAUCCAUUCGGUGGGCGGGACGUGCACGACGGAAACGGACGCUCGUACGGACCGGUCGCGGUGCGUGUACGGCGCCGGCAGCACCGCGGCCGCGGACGGCGUGGGCGGGUCCAGGAACGACGUGACGCACGCCCGGGUGACGAUCACCCACUACCCGUGGCCGGACAUCGAACUUCCGGUGGGGUGCGCGUGCUCGGGGCUCCAGGGUCCGUUGUCGUUCGAAUCGUACCCCGGUGCGGCGGUUCGCGUCGAGUUCGCCGUUCGCGACAUGAACGUCACGCAGGAUCACCGGGACUUUGGGUUCGCGGCCGAGUACGCGUUCGCGAGAGCUUCGCCGGCGGACAAGAACGCCUGCCAAGACGCCCGCAAGCACCGCCACCUGCACGGCCCGGGCGGUUUCAUCGACCUGACCGGCGUGCCGUCGAUCGGGGGCCGCCGACCGCCUCGGGGACCGUGCAACGACUUCCCGUGGCUCAUCGGACCGGCCUCGGCCGGUAGCAGCAUGUUGCGCACCGGCGGCUUCGUGUUCAUGAAGUUGCGCGGCUACGAGAUCCAGCGGUGGCGCACCAACUCGUUCAUGUGUCCGACCAGGAACCGGGUAGUGGUAUACACCGGGGCAGGGGACGGGCCUAAAACCGAAAAGGUCAUCUGCCCGUACGAGUCCAGCUUGAACGCGCUCCGCGGCUCGUACGAGGCGUUCUCGCCCGGCUGGGCCGAACCGCUGACCGGCGCCCAGCAGCUGCAGCCCAACUCCAAGACGGUGGCCGUCGAGUUCCUGAACCGCGAAUACGGCGCGUACACCGUCACCUGGCUGGAGGUGUCCAAGAUGCCGCGCAUCAUGCCGUCCACGAACGUGUACGCCAUGCUGUCGAACGUUCACCCGGACUGCGCUUACAGGUGCCCGGAACUGAACGCGUGCAUCAGCUCGCAGUUCUGGUGCGACGGCGAGACCCACUGCCCGAUGGGCUUCGACGAGGACCCCGUCAACUGCGCGAACCGGAACGGCGUGAACCUGAUGUACGUGGGCGUGCUGGGCGGCACGGCGGUGGUGCUGUUCACGGUCACCGUCGUGGCGGCGGUGGUGUGCUUGCGGUGCAAGGCCAACAGGUCGCGGCGGGCCGAGGAGAGCCGGCGGCGCGCGUCCCAGAAGAGUUCGUCGGCCGUCGACCCGAUGAUGUGCGCGGUCGAUCGGGCGCACUACGACAAGCGGUUCCUGGAGCAGAACGGCGGCGGCGGCGGCGGCAUCGUCGGCAACUCGCUGGGCAAACGGUAUCCGUCGUCUUCGGACGACCUGUACCUGGAGUGCAAGCAGGACAGCAUGUGUUGACGUAACGACCGCGACGACGGCGUCGACGCGGACGGCGACGAUGACGACGGCGGUGAACGCCUCCGAAUCGAGACGACCGUCUGAACCACGCCGGCCAAACCCGACCGCGGUUGGGUUGAACCACGAUCGUCGGGUAAACGUCGUGUUUCGUGUAAAGAAGCGUUAAGACACAGCGUGUACACGGCGAGACGGACAUAAGUCGCGUUUGUUAGUCUUGUAAGGCAUGUGACGGUGGAAAUCGUUUUUUUUAAGAACGUGUCGAAUAAUAUUUUAUAAUUUUAUGAAUUACGAUUUCCACCGCAUUCAAUAAUAACGUACUGUCGCCGUCGGUCGGCCGAACACGCCGAAGUUUACAUCCGAAUAAAUAAAUACCAUCGGACUUACCCGUCGGUGAUAACUUUCACUGUAACUACAUUAUUAUUAUUAUUAUUACUAACAUCGCGAUCAUCUCCUUCGUCGUCGUCGUCGUCGUCGCCGUCAUCAUACAGGUAUUUUCCGACGUUUAUACGAUGGUGUACGCGUGUGCCAGUUCCGAAUAAUGUUUUAAAUAAACCCCUUAAUAUACGCGGUAUGCGCUGCAUACCGUCAGACCGCAGGAAUCCGACUUGUGCAUAUCUAUCCGCCGCCCCCUCGCCGCUCUCGCCGAAUUGUUGUUGUUUAUAUUUUUCCCGUUCGCAAUUUACCUUAACUCACCGGAGAUCCGCACACACGUGUAUACAGGGCGUUUCAGAAACGAAGGGUGUAUUAAUCAACUGAAAUUCGACUUAAUAUUAUUAAAUAAUAUUCUUGAGCGCGGCGACGUGCCCGAGGUUGAGGGUUAAUGAUUCUGAAAGAGAUCGCAUGACCUGUAAAAGUGGACGAUUAUCGGGUUAGUAUUGACCCAGUAACGUGGGUGUUUUUCAAUAUUCUUGAACUCGCCGCAUUACUGUAGGACGGUCGUCGUGUACGAAAUUGUGAGUUCAUUUUAUAUUUUUAUUCUGGCGAAAUUAUUAAAUUAUACUAUAAAUAAAAUUACCGCUGUACAGUAUUCAUCGAUAAAAUAAAAUUGUCACGUAAAAAAAACCCGUAUUGAUUUAAUCUUUACUUCAUUCGAACAGGACGAUAAAAUUCUUUAAAAUGAUCAUACGGUUAUGGGCAUAUAAAAUAAUACAAAUGCUUGAAUAUAAGAAAAAUAUUACGAUCCGAGUAAAAAUAAUAUAUAUUAUGGUUUGUGUACAGUCAAAUCAGUGAAAUAAGUCUAGAUAAUACUUCAAAUAACUCAAAUUAAGAGAGCUACUCGUCAGUUUCAAACAAGAAAAUAUAGGUAAUUAUAAUUUAGUUGAUCUGUAUUAGCCAUUAACAGAUACUACUAUUUCCAAAAUAGUAUAAUAUUACAAUAUCGUUUAAGUCAUUUGAUUCUCUAAUACCAUAAAUAUAAUUUUAUUAUCGUAAUAAAAAUGAAUUUAUGGUAAAUACAGCCUAGGCACUCUAAUCUGAAACGUCCUAUCGUUAAACGUCACGAUGAAAUGUGAAAAUCUAAGUUAUUACUAUUAUUGUUCGUUUCUAAGACAAAAUAUAAUUAAACUUUUAUGACGUUUAUAAAAAUUGGCAAGUCUUCUUUAGGACCUUGCGGUGUGACAAUUUUUAAUUUUAAUGUUAAGUUUGGUUUUAAUAUAAUUUUAUAUUUUUAAUUCUUGUGUUAUUAAGUACGUGGUAAAGUAUAACGUUAAAGAUAUUAUGGUAUUCCUUACAUGAGAAGCGGUGAGAGAAUUCUGCCCCUCGUACAGGUUAACUAUGCUGUAGUUACAGUGUAUACGAAUAAUAUUUAGUUCUUACCAUAUAUUUAGUAAAGAAUAUUUUUCCGAGCUUUGGAGAAUAAAUCCGUUUGAGUAUUGAUAGACAUGCCAAAGUAUAUAUUACCUAACCUCGAGCAACAACACAAACUUGCCAAGAAUGUAAAAUAUUGUAAAGCCCUUGUCGUAUAUUUAAAUAAUAAAGUAUAUUUUGAUACAAAAUAUUCUAAAUAACAUGUCUGUUUUGUAAAUAAUUGUUAUUCAAAAACUAUCUAUAAGGCGUUUAGUGACUUUGUUACGCAAUGUGAAUAAUUAUUUUGAAUCAAAAAUAAUAUAAAUGUUUUUAAUAAAUUACUCUUGAAAAAAAAUAUAUAAUUGUUUACAAAAACCGUAAAAAAAUGACGAUCACCAUUGCUACAUAAUCAAUCCUAUAUUUUGUUUAAUUUUCUUAAAAUGUAUUUUAAUUUAAUUUUUUGUUAGUCCCAAUAUAACAUAAUAAAAAUAAAUCCCAUAAUCUUUAAAUGGGUCAUUAUAGUAUUAUAUAAGUGUAUAAUGGCGUGAUCUCGUGUAUUCUUAUAACCUAAAAGUCAAGAGACUCAUAAUGACUGAAUAAUUCAUUCAUACGUUUAUUACUCUAUUGAAUACUAUGAAUUUGUUGUUAAUAAUUGUUACCUAUGUUUAAAUAUUAUAUUUAUUAUUUCAAGUCAUUGUGGAAAAAAUAAGCAUAAAAUCUCCAAACAAAAAGGUUGUUUUAAUAAGUUGAUAGCAAAAAUCAGACAUUUACUAAAAAGUAAAUAGGUAGGAAAUUAUUUUAUUAUUGUCUGAAAAUAUAUUAGUAAAUAUUGUAAUAAAAAAUAAAUAAAUUAAAUUAAAAUAAAGGGGUUUUUAACUUGCCCAAAUUUUAAUAACCAAAUAUACAUUUUCUGACUAAUAUUUUAAAAUAUUUAUAUACAACCUAUUAUAUAAAUACUACAUAGUACAUACUACAUUAUAUAAUUAUGAAAUAUGUACCAAUAAUAAUAUAUUAUUUUAAAUUCCUGGUGUAUUAUUCAACUUGUAUGACUGUAUCAAUUAAAUUUAAAAUAAUUUUAGAAUCUUUUUGGAUUUUGUAAAAAAAAAAAAAUAUUAAGUGCUUAUAAUAAGGUUACAUAGAUUACUAUCUAUCGAUAAAGUCCAACGUGUAUUCGCUUACCGCUCCUUGUGUUUGCAAUAAUAAUAAGAUUAACACAAUUUGUUUAUACAAUAUUAAAAUAUUACAAUUAUUAUAAUUAUUAUUACUAUCUUUCUAAGUUAUUAUUUUCGUCAGACUUUCUUAACCUACCUUGUUGAACUGUAUAAAGCCAUGUUUGUAUAAUCUUUUGUGCCACUUUGAUGUUACCAUAUUAUAUUAUUAUAAUAGUUAUUAAAGAAAACAAUACUAUUUUGUUUUUUAAGCUAUAUAUACUCACUUAUUAUUAUUCUCGACCUUUGUAAAUACGGACAUGUGCUCAUUAUAAAUAAACGGUAAAAUUUUAA